AGUGGGUGAAAGUUGCUUUGUUUUGGAAUCCUUUGUAAUAUUGCCGAAAUGCGCAACAGUUGAUUUUAGUUAAGAUUUGCUCGAACCUUUUUGAGAUUUAGUUGUUAUUAAAGGCUGAAAGCGUUAAAAGCUUUGUUCAAAAUGUUUGAUUAACGAUUUAUGGAAACAUUUUUGGUUAUUAAUCCAUGACGUGAUAUUUCGAGCAUUCCACGGAAAAUGUUCUGUUUAGAUUGACAGUGCAAAAAUCAUUGCUAAAUUGAUAUUCCCAAAAAUACAUCACCAACCACUCCGAGCACCACAAUGACGUUCACCCGGCCAUCAAUUCCAACGUGCGCGGCACACCUGGUGCUAGCCGGAAUAACCGGCUGGUCGCUAAAGCAGCUUCCCGCGACCUCCAACUCAGCCACCAGCGGCGUCCCAUUUAUGUUUAUGCUGCUGAUCUUUCUGCUGGUGCACAGCCUGCUCGGAAUCUUCCGCCACAGUCAUCCGGAUCCGCACACCAACCUGCGCAAGCUGUACGACCUGUCGGCCCUGCUAACGAUGCUGUGUCCGUUGCCGCUGCUGAACACGCAACUCUACCUCAAAUGCCAACCACUGUUCGCGUCUUCGGUUCUUCCUCUGGUCUACGGCUAUCUGUUGGUAAGUGUGCUUGUACCUUUCACGGCCGGAUUCGUCUACUCGUCGAUAAACCAACGGCACAAAAGUGGCUACGUGACCACGGCGAUGAACCUGCUGAAUCUGGCCGUUCUCACGUGGUUAUCGUGCAGCUUCGACAACCUGUGGGGCCUCGGGCUGGCCGUUUCGUACGGAAUGAAACUGUUUGCCCUGCCGCGGUUGGCCGAGCGGUACAGCGUCGUUGAUCUGUACAUUUACGGGUUGGGAUUUUUCGAAAUCUUCGCCAUUAACGUUGUGAUCGAUGCGGAACUGUACCGGGAGGAAAUGGGCAUCCGGUAAUGGGGGACAAGAAAGGCAAGAUGUUCGGUUUGACACCGAUUCCAGGACCACAAAUUGUAUAUUAUAUAAGAUUAUUGACAGUUUAAGAGAUUUAUCAGAAAACAAUUUAUACAUGUACAAGAGAUGACAAGAGAUGUUAGAGCCUGCCUAAAAUGCUUCCAAACGAUUAAAAAUGUAGCUGCUUUAAGCGACAUUAGACGCGUAUGCUAUUUCAUACAAAUCAAAUGAGAAGCAAAAUAAACGAAACUAUAUUUAUAUACACUAUUUAGAUGCUUGUUGAAACUAUUAAAACAAUUACCGUAAACUUUGUAGACAUGUAUCGCAAGAUUGUACAAAAUAUAUAUUUUCAUGAUGAUGUUGACUAUGGUACUAAA